CAAUCGCCACACAGGACCAGCUGCACACAAAUUGUAAAAUUUGUGAAUUUGCACAAAGAUUUAGAAGCCACGAUAUAAAUUAGGUGAAACAACUCGUUUGGCCGAUGCAGUGUACGACCUUUGAAACCUUUGCAUCUCUCCAGCAGUUCUUAUCAUCCCGUGUCGGAAAAAAAUGCAGUCAUUACAAAUCCAGAGAAACCCAGUACGAGAUCAGAAAACAGUUUUGCUUUUUAUAAAUCAAAUAAAACAACAUCCCUGUCUGUGGGAUCAAUCAGAUGAUUAUUACAGGAAUAUAACUGCAAGAAAAGAAGCUUGGUGCGCGAUAGCUCGGAAAAUAGGGCACAGUGUUUUGGUGCUGAGAAGUAAAUGGCGAAGCUUAACGGUCCAUUACUUUAAACUUAGAGACGACAUGGAACUGAGAAGGAAGGGAGAGAAUCAAGGCAAGCCUUGCCUAAAGCCAACUUGGUUUGCGUACUGCGCAAUGGAAUUUUUGGGAAAUUCCAAAAAUGUUCGCCAAAGGAGAGGACAGCAUAAAGAAUAUCUAAUUCUGGGCGAAGAACAAAACACAGUUCCGGAGGAAUGCGAACUGAAUGAGUUAGUCCAUUUAGAAGAAGCCAUAGAGAACUAUGAAGCGACCAUAGAGGAUAAUUUAGUAGAAGCAACGAACGAAUGCACCGUAGCUUAUGAUAUGACGAAUGGCAAUGUAGAGGAGGGCACUUUACUGGAUCAAGAGCUAACUAAUGCCGACGGUGGUUUAACAGAUUCUGAAAUCUCUCUUGAACAACGUUACGUAAAUGAAAAACGGAAAUCAAUGCUGCUAUAUCAGUUGAACGAAAGACUCGAGAAACAGCUACAUCAGCAAAGAGCGGAAGUACAGCUGCAACAACUAAAAAUUUCAUCUUUGGAGCAAAAAUUGAAAUUCUCUGAACGAAAAUUAGCAAAAUUGACAAAAAUGCAUCAGGAGAAUUAUAAUUCAAUUGUAUCAGACGAAAUAGACGACGCAACAGAAACGUUAGAAGAUGGUACAUCUUUUACGAUCAACGGUGCAACUGAGGCAAACGGUCAGUGUGAUCCGUUGUACGACCCGACAGAGACAGUCAAUCGAAACAGUAACUCAGACCCUAUUCAGUUAAUGAGUAGUUCCAUCAAAAAGAUACAAAGUGUUAUUGAGAAUUUGGCAAAUCAAUCAAAGCGUCGUUAUGGUGGUUUUGGAGAAUUUAUGGUGCGCGAGCUUAAUGAGAUGGAUGAGAUAACUAGCUUAAGAUUGAUUAAUGACAUGAUAUCGAUGUUGAACGGGGAACGAAAUGUUCAUCGCAACACUAGAGCCCAUGUGGAAUGAUCAUCUAUGGAACACGAACCGAUUAGUAUAAAAUGAAAGCGGUAGAAAAAGCAAACGUAUGAAAUAAAAAAAAUAAACUUGAACUAUACCCGUACGAAUUUCAGUAUGGAUCUUUUUGUACUGAUGAAGCGAUUAAGUUAUAGGGCGUUUUAUGAAUGGUAAAAAAUGCAAAAUUGGAAACGGGAAAUUACCCAACGAGAACAGUUGGACCUUUGCUGAACAGAAAUAAA